CAUGCACGAGGGUCGGUCCAAUGGUCAGGAAUCUCGCGAGUUCGUUCGCUCUACAGCGGCACGUAUCCGGACCCGGUAUACUCGUUUCUUCUCGGCCUCGGUGCUCGCGGAUCGCGGCGACGUCACGUCCUUCCUUCACGUUGCCCGUUAUUAUCGUCAAUCUCCUCGUCCGCGUCUUUUUCAUCGGCCUCGUCGACGUAAUCGUCAUCAUGUGUGUAGCGGUGUGGCGGGCGGUGCUGAGCCGCUACGCGCGUGAGCCUUCAUUCGAUCGGUAAGGUGGAGAUCGGCCCGGCCCGGCCCGGCCCCGGCCCCGGCCCCGGCCCGGCCUUGCGGCGACGAGAGGGAGCAUUGGCGGGGGAUGAUUCCAGCGUAAUGACGAUCGGCCCGAAUUGUUGCGAUGGAAUAUGGGAUCUGGAGUCUUCACGUCGCGGGUGAACUUUGGGGUGACCCGCGUCUCGCCCGAAGGCAUCCGAUUCUGCCUUCCGGCGCGACGCAGAUCCUGCCAAGGGCCGCGUUUGCCCUGAGCGCUCUGCACCGACCUGACAUGCUACCGCUGCCGUUGACGGCAGCGGGGCCACCCUACGUCCCUAUGGAGCUGGUUACGAAGCCGGCCUCGGUGGCGUCCACCAACGCCGACGACGCCGAUGAUGCGGAGAGGAGUACGAAUGGCGAAGAUGAAGAUCCUCAGCAGCGUGAUGACAACGAAGGUAACAUCGAACAAGCCGAUCAAAACGAAAAUCAGACUUGCGUGCCAAACGAAAGUAACGACAACGAAGAUGCUGGUGACGAGAGCGAUACUGGUAGCACUAACAGUUCGCAUCGAUCGGCAAAUAACAAUCUAUCAAUCGCGAAGCUUCCUGAUCCGAUGUCAUGCCUAGCCCUUGACAAGGAAGGUACUCCCGUUCUGAACGGUUGGGUAUUGGGUGCUUACACAGCGAUGUUGGGCAGACUAUCCGCCGCUACUGCGGCACUGGAGGCAACGGAAGUUCCCAAUAUUCCCUCCGACAGUGAUUCCGAGAGCGAGCACUCAUCCUAUACUGAAAAAUCGAGAGGCAGCAGUCCGAACGUGAGCAGCAUUCAUCGCGGCUACUCGUGUGGCUCCUGCGAUGUAGUGGCACCAACGAGACCGGCCUUAAGGAAGCACAUAGCGGAUUGUCAUCCCGCUCUGUCUGGUACGGAGACCGGGGAGACCAAGAGGUGUCCAUCUACGGGCUGUGACUUCACGACGACCAGCAGGUGCGAGAUGGAGACCCAUGUGGCGGCUCAUGUAGCCCAGGGGAUGACGCCUACGGGGAAGAAACGCUCGCUGGCCUUGCAACGCGUCAGGUAUAGGUACGAAAGGGAGGAGUAUCGGUGCUCACUGUGCUCGUAUGCAUGCACAAUCGAGAAGGCAUUCCAAAGACAUCUGCGAGCACACGCGAGAGGCACCGCGCCAGAGACUAGGGUGAGCUGCGCCGUUUGCGGUGCUGACCGAUCGUCCGAGGUCGACCUCAGUAGGCACAUGCGAAGGCAUCGCGAUGACCGAUACUUCUGCUGCGAUAUCUGCAUCUUUCGUACGGUGCAACUGAAAAAGCUGAUACAGCAUCGUCGCAUGCACACGGGUGAGAAGCCGCAUCUAUGCCCGCACUGCGCCUAUCGAAGCGCACGUCGCGACAAUCUACGUAGCCACGUACGGCGAGUGCACAAAAAGGAAAACCUCUAUUGCGACACUUUCAGUCCGCGCGGCAUGCUGAUAACCCCCUCGCUGUUGGCCUCCUCGAGGGACACCAGUGAUGUCGACUUGGUACAGAGCCCGGCAUCUUCGCCGUCCUCAAAUCCGGAUGCGACCAACUAGCGAAAACGACCCCAAAGAACGAAGAAAAGAACAACGGCCGUGAGAGACCUGCAGAAAAAGAAAUCUAGGACUCGCCUGUCCUUUAUACGUCCUCAUUUUGUCAAUACUGCGAUCUAGAUAUAUUAGAAUUUACAGGAAGGCUUGUACAGGUGCUGAACUUGGUAGACAAACGAAGAAAAUUGCAAUCGGGUGAAAGUGUCAAUCCAAAUUCGAGGAAAAUUGGAAUAUUCAUAAUUUCACGAUAAAAGCACCUUAAGAGGUAAGCUAGAGAAUUAAUUUACGAAAUUGAUAUGAAUGGAGAAAUGAAGUCAAUCGAAGAGGUCAAAUGUCAGGACGGAUUGUUUCCCAAAUCAGCAUUGACAAGGCUUUCCCCCUUUAGACAUUAGAAAACGUAUAGAUUAUUGCAUGCGAACAUCGAUAAUUUAAUGUAACCUUUGAAUUCUAACGAGAUCUUGCUAUUAGCUAUGUAAACGUCCAAGUGUUACAUUACGUAGCCGAUUCGAUGAAAUAUGACGAUCGGUAAACCGCCCGUUCGCGUCGUUUAAUGAUGAUGACGAACGGAGAAAGCUGCAAAAUGGUGCUAGAAUCGUAGAUUGGACCGUGGAGAAAGACUGAAAGUAGAAACGAAUUCACGGCGCGACGUGAUGUCCAUCUCUUUUAUGCUCUUCCCGCACUGACCGCCGUGACUAAAAAAAAAAAAUUAAAAAAUAAAUGAAAUUCAGCAAAGAUUAAGACUGCAACUCUGUACUGUUCCGGGGAUUCUCGUGCUGAAUGUGACGCUUUAUUGUUUCUUAUUAAUUAUUCGGCCAUUUUUAAUUAAUUAUUGAUGUCAUCUUUUAUUUUCAUUUCAAUUCUUUUAAAAUUUGCUAUAAUCUUUUUAAUAUUAAUUUUUCAAGUCUGUUUCAUAAGUUUAAUUAUUAUUUCAUAAAUGCUCACUUUAAUCUCAUGACUUGGUUCAAUUUUGAGAUGGAUUUUAUUUUUAGUACCAUAUAGUGGCAAAUACAACGAUUAAUAUGUUUGAGCAUUUGAACACAUUCGAAUAAGUGCUCGCAAUACUCGCGAGCUGUAUAUCGAGGCGGAUGCACGGAGACUCGAUCGAAUCAGGCCAACGGUUAAUGAGAUCAAUAAAAGCAUCAAGUCACGGCACGGCAUGUCGCGAGGACCCCGGUCGGGAUGGAAAGGUGCUAUUUUACGAAGAUUCGUUUUAACGUUACGUGUCUAGUAUACAUAUAGUUCGCUCGCGCUGCACAAAUUGCCACGCUAUAAGUGUAAUUGUUAAGUACUUGUUAACACGAAUCACAUUGUUAUCGUUGCCUUAGUUGCUGUUUUCAUUUAUACUAUUACAGACUGAAUAAUGCAAGAACGAUGCACUGUUAUGAUUACUCAAGUAUUAUAACGACAGAUAAAGAGUGUAUCGUAUAACGCACGGUGAAGCUUAAUGCGUUUUAUUUUGCAGACGAUGACGAUUCAAGAACUUUCUACGUUUUCAUUUUACAUCAUCUUUAAAUUGUAAUAAAAUUCUCCUUUCACUAUAUAGCGCAUAGCAUAUAUAACACAUUUAAAAAAAUACAAUUGUCAUCUUCUACAAAAUUCAAGCUCAUGGACGCAUUCGUUCGCUAUCGAUACAUAUGCUUCGCGUACGUUUCUCUCUUUAGGAUUUAAAACCCAAUGAUCGAUCGCUUGCUUAUGCGAGGGGGAGAAGACGAACAAGAUCGACUGUAUAACGGAAAUAUGUGUCAAUUUUUAAUGUAUCAUACAAAUACGUUGUAGUCGGUAAACGAUUUUUAACGGCAUCUCACGUGAAGUGGCACGAGAGGAUGACACACACGCCACGAUGAUUCGUUGUUUCGUCACGAGAAUGAUAUUCUCGCGGAGAGAGAAUAACGUUUCGCUAUAUAGACGCUCUAGUCAUUACUAUACAACACUAUGCUAAACUACAAGGUAUACGAUGAUGCGAAGUCGAAGCUGCACGACAUAAGGUUUCACUCCCCCGGCACAAUUUGACGUUUCAAACGCAUCGUAUUUGACGAGCGUUAAAGCAAGUUUUUUCAAAGUUGAAAACUUAUUAUUCAUUAUCACUUCGAUAACUUUUACAACUAAAUUCUUCCAGUCCAUUACACGUUAUCAUUGUCGGUAUUAUCUUCGCUAAAAGUAUCGCGAGUAAACCGUAGUUCAUUCCGUGCCAAGUAGCAUAAAUUUUGAAAUAAGCCACAAUUACGAGCGCGAAUGUGAUUUAGAUUUUAAUUAAUUAUAUUACAUAAUAUUAUUAUACAUAUUAAAUAUUAAAUUAUAUUUUAUCUUUUAGGUAUACGGAUGACUACUAUAGUAUACCAAGAUAAUUACGAUUAUGCGUGGAAGUUAGUAAAAAAAAAGAAAAGAAACAAUUAUUCCGGAUUAUAUAACGAUGUAGGCCCGUUUCAUCUGAAGGCGGAACACGGUUUAACAUAUACCGGGUGUGCGCAUAAUUCACUCGACCAUGUCAAACGAAAAUCAUGAGUUAUACAUGCUGGUGUACGUGCUAUUUUGCCUUUGAUAUAUAUAUGUGUCGGAAUAUUCUGUAUUCGUAAAACGCAUUUACGAUGCGGCACUCCGCAAUGCAACGGGUUUCUCAAUGCGACUUUUUAUAUGCAUAAUUUUACACAAAGCAUUACCUUGACUGCUGAAGAGGACGACUUAUACUUUUUCCAUUUCUUCCGCGCACUAUCUACAAGUCGUUUCGAAGAUACGCCGAGCGCGCAUUAGCACAUUCAAAAUAUUUAUAUUAUGAAAUAGUUCAUCGCGACGCGCACGGUUUACGUAUCCGUAAUGAAGGAGGUUUCUUGUUAAUUAUACGUCCGCAAUUAGCGUGACUGGCUCCGUCCGCCGUUAGUAUUUACUUGGAGUAAUUAUUUAUUUUUUAUUUCAGUCGAAAGUCAUAGCACAACUCGAAGUAAGCGUUCCGUAUGUCGUACGUCAGGAAAACUGUCGCGAAGAAUCUAUAUAAGUAGUAGAGAUAAAGUUCUGAAAAGACGAGGAAUUUGCGAAAUCGCGGAAAAUUUCGCGCGGUUGACACGUUUUCCGGCACGAGUUUCUCAAGUAGUUCGCGAGAAAACGUAGUUUUCCCGAUGAACGUGCGCGCCUAACGAGAACACCUCAUUCUAUCGUAUCGUCCGAGCGAUCAGUCUCAGGUGUUACCGAGAUUUAUUCGCAUUAUUAUAAUUACGAGCUCAUAACUGAUAAGCAGCGGCGCCGUGUCGACGUUACGAACAAAAAAAAAAAAAGAAAAUAAAUGCGUGCCAAAUUGACCCCCGAUUAUAAGGGGAUGAAUGGUGUUCUACGGAAGAGAGAUACGCGAAGAGUGUAAACCGCUUCGGAGUGCGAAACGUGCGACCAGACUUGUUCGCUUGUAGAAGAUCACGCUUUACAUUCCAAAUCGAAUCUUUGGCCUUCGUUUAAUUUACAAAGAAAGAGAAAAACAUCUCAAUAUAAUUAAGUAUACAGAGGGUUUUUAAUAAAUAUAACGCAUUCACAAUUCUUUAAUUAAGUAGACAUAUAAUUUCAAAGUUUCAGUUGUGUUAUUCUAUAAGCUUGGUUAGAAAAAAAAUUUUUUUUCUUAAAUUUUUUUUUUGGAAGGUUUCAAAGAUUUAGCAAAGAUUGCAAGUUUCGCAAAAAUAUGCAAACACAAGCAUUUUAGUCUGAUCGUUCGUUUCCGCAUUCGUGGCGAGUGUGAACUAGUUGUUACAAUCUUUUAACUGUUGAAUUUUUGCUGUAGCAGUAAGUGUCUUAACGUAUACCUUAUAUAAACUACACGAUAAUAUAUUCUAUAUUAAUGUUUCUUAGAUUUAAAUCUAACAUACCGGACAGACGUGGCUGCGACGAGUGGCGUCGCUUGCGCUCUUUUAAAGUGUGAAUUGAACUGCUCUCUUAAGUGUUCAUUGGUGGAAUCUGCGAAACAAAGGCAACUCAGUUAUUUAUUACGUCAUCGCGAGAUCUUAUCAACGGGAUCGAGAGGAUAAAGAAUGAAAGGUCAAAUGUUUCAAUGCGAAGAUAUUGAUGACAAUGUGGUUUCUUGGAACAUUUAUCGAAAGUAAAACGUUCUAAACACGAAACGGGAUUUUUAUUUAUAAAUGACUAUAGUUAUCGCAUUAUUUCUGUUGUAGAAAAUAAAAUUAAACGACAGUAAAAACAAGUAUUAUAAAAUAAUUGGGCAUUAAUAGACUUUCUUGUUCACUGCAAAAGUUGCGGGGAGACGAAAAAUUCGUCGAAGAACGUCUGGCUGGUUAUCUUAAAAAUUAAUACAAUCUAAAUGUGAUAAUAUAUUUGCUAUUAAAUUACGAUAUAACGAUUACAUUAUAAUUAACUAACACUGCGCGAAAAACGUACGAAGAACAAAGAAAAAUAAGCAAUUUUAAGAGUCCAUAAUACUGAAUGAUGACGUUACGAGGGUGAUCUGAUAUUCGCACUGUGACAUUCUUUCUGCAAAAUGUUGAUCGGUUGAACAAGUACAAAGCGGUUAGAUAAUCGACGUUGUCGAAAUCUAAUCGAAAUUAAUACGAAAAUAGAUAGAUGUGUAAUUUUUAUUGAUUAAUUCUUUGCGCCAAUUCAGUUUUCUUUAAUUAUCAUACUUCUCGUGCCAAACUUUAAUAAGUUUUAGAAAUAACUGCAAACUUCGUAAUAAAUUGAGAAUAACAUUAACAAUUGCCUAAGCCAAGAAAAAAUAUUUUACGUAAUGCAUUUAUAUUCUAAAUUUUUAUUUUUAUUCUAAGUUUUCUAAAUUAUUUACAUAUAUAUCUUAAAUCUUAACAUUAUGUUUUUAUCUCGUUUCAAAUUUAUUUUUUAAUUGUAUCGUCUUCUUAAGCAUAAAGAAUUAAGAAUGAACAAAUCAUUUCACCCUUGCUGACUCCUGCAGGAAUUCGAAUAAAAGUGCGAAGCCGCAUUUUGCUUGCCAAAAAAUUAAAGACUCUUGCGCUCUACGCAUAAUAUAUACACACAAAUAUAUAAUUAUAUAAAUGUACGUGUAUGUGUGUGAGUGUGCCUAAAGAUUUUUUCCUCGGAUUAAUCUCUUAAACUUUCUAUGUCAUUGUCUUUAAAUCUCUCUUUCUCUCUUUCUCUCUCUCUCUCUCUCUUUAUCCUAUGCUCUCGAAGCAUAUGUUGCAUCGUAAACGAUUUCGAAGAACUAUUACCGUUCGCCGAUUUCGAAUCGCAUGGCAGAUUCACGAUGCCUCGUAUCCGUCGCCACGUAACCGGAUUAAUUGUUAAAAUCGUCUUAUUACAAUAUACAUAAUGUCAAUUUUUCAUUUGUCAUUUACACUAAGACUGUAAUAAUCUGUAAUAUGAAUAUUACAGAUUUAAAAACUACAUUUCUUAAAAGCUAUAUUUUGAUACCUUAAUAAUUUGUUAUAAUUUUCUCCACAAUUGUAUUUGUCAAUGUAAUUAGGAUUUUUAACAGAAACCAGAAUAUUUUAUUUGCAAAAUAGAUUGGUACGGGGUGUUAGAAAAUUUAUUAAUUUGGAUAAAAGCGAAGAGAGGAGAUUGAAUCGUUUAUCUCAGCCCUUACUCGAUAAGUUUCGCAAAAUUCGUUUGUUUACCUCUGUCAAUUAAGAAUACAAAAGUAUGUUAAACUACAAAAAAAUGUGUCUUAUUAUACAUGAAUCAAUUGUCUCACAUUAUAAAAAAAUAAUGUAAGAAUUUACACUGCUCAAUUAAUUGAAAAUAAUGAAUAUAAUUUGAUUCCAUUCAACAUUGUAUGUAUAAGUGUAGAAACAUUUAAUGAUCACACAUCUGUUAAUUUUAAGGAUUUUGUGCAAAAUUGCGUCGGUUAAGGGCUGAUAGCAUUGUUUAACGAUUGUCUCUCUGUGUUCCAACAUAAUAGUAGAUAUUUCGUCAAUCGUUCCUCUUUAUAAAAACGAGAAAAAAAAAACUGCGCAGUCGCUACGCAAUGCACGCACUCACGAUUCAGAUUCGAUAGACCGCGAGCGAUCUCACUCUUUUCUGCAAAGUAUACGAAAGUAAACGCGCGUUCCAAUUUUUGCCUCGAAAAAAGAAGGCAAAAAAAUCAGAGGCACUCCACACCAAAUACUCGCGUACGAAUUCGCGCUUGAAUAUUUUUUUACGAUUUUAUGGCCUAUAAGCAUUCGGCGCGAUGCUGAAAACGUAGGUACUCUCUUUACGGGUUUGCGCGACUCGAAUCGAUCGCGGUAAAUUAAUCUUAUGGCGGUAAGGAGAAUUAUAUAAUAAUAAAAGCGAGUCGCUCCGCGGGAAUAUAAUUUCCUCGUGUGAUCUACGAUAAUGAAUGCCGAUGAUCUUGGCAAUCAUUGCGCGUUGUUUGCAAAAAUGUAAUCUUGCAAAAAAUAUUUUUAAUUUUCUAAAAUUUAUCUUUGAUCUUUCAGUUUACUGUUGUUUCAUUCUUUUUUUAUUUAUCUUUUCAACUUUUCUAGCAGAGAUAAUUUUGAUCGUUAAAGUUAAUGGAAACAUCUUAUCAUCUGUUAUAAUUAUGGUCCCAAAUUCAUUAGACUACAGAUUCACAUUCUAUGAAUUACUAAUAGUUUUCAAGUUCAUAAUGCAACACUAUAUCAUGUCGUCAUUGAAUAUUCGCCAAGGGACUAUCGGCAAUCAUCGAAUCGUUUCGUCACGCGUUUUUACGUAUACGACUGCUAAGAACGUGUGUGCGUGCAUGCGUGCGUACCUGCUUAACUGUAACGAUCAAUCUUAAGGAACUAAUUAACAAAUAAAUAGUUAAACUUGUCGUCACCAUUGUGAUUUAAGAUAGUAGAGAUGCCCGCGCAAGUCGGUCGAUAGUGCAGAUGCAACUGAUAGUUCAUUCAUGAUAGUAUAUUACAUGUUAAAAUUUUAUUGAAUAAUACAGUUAAUUUAGUAAAAUCAAGUAACGGAAUAUAUUAUAACUAAAAAUGGCAGUGUAAUUAUGGCACAAAAUAAGCUGUCAUUAAAAAGAAAUUAUAUUUUUAUAAGUAAAAUAUUGUUUAAUUUAAACAUACAUAAAUAUUUCUUUUGUAUUCUAUCCUGCAUUGGUGCAAUUUUAUUGUAUUUUUUAAUAUUUUUUAACUCUAAAUUCUAUGUGACAUAUUGUGUACAGUUUGCAUCUGCAUGGAGGACUCUCGCCGGGGAAACGUUUACCUGUUUGUAUAGCCAAAGUCGUCAUUUGUCUUUGGCAUGAUAAAAAUCUUAAUAAAGGUUUCA